AUGUCUGACACAGAGAGAUUAUAUGAUUACAAUAUGGAUAUAUGGCUGAGGAAUUGUGAGGAGGAGAUUCAGGAACCAAUUCGUGGAGAAGUGAAGGGUAAACUUCCCUCGUGGCUCCAAGGUACACUCAUCAGGAAUGGUCCGGGACGUAAUAAAAUCGGGGAUUGUGAAUAUGAACACGUUUUUGACGGACUGGCUUUAUUACACAGGUUCGAUAUAUCGGAGGGUGAAGUUACUUAUCAGUGUAAAUUCGUCAAGUCUGAGACAUACAAAAAGAAUAUGACGGCGAAUCGCAUCGUUGUCACAGAAUUCGGCACGACAGCAGUACCGGACCCUUGUAGGAGUAUUUUUGACCGUAUAUCCUCAACAUUUAAAUUGAAUCUGGACAGGACAGAUAACACCGCGGUAUCUGUUUAUCCGUUUGGAGAUCAAAUUUAUGCGAUGACUGAAGUACCCGUUAUUUAUGAAAUAGAUCCCAGAAACUUAGAAACUGUUGGCAAGAAAGAAAUAGAGAGCUCUUUAAUAGUAUGUCACACCGCUCAUCCACACGUCAUGCCAAAUGGAGACGUUUACAAUCUAGGAUUGAGCAAAACAAAUGGUCUGAAACACGUAGUUGUUAAGUUUACAUACAGCGAUAAAGGAGAUAUGUUUGAAUCAGCGGAAAUAGUUGGCAGCAUGACACCUAGAUGGAAACUACAUCCAGCAUAUAUGCAUUCAUUUGGCAUAACGGAAAACUUCUUCGUGAUAAUUGAACACCCUUUAUCGUUGUCUUUGUUGGGUAUGGCUCGGAGACUACUUAUCACUGCCCCGUUUUCCUCCGUUCUGCAUAGCUAUCCAGAUGAAGAAACACAAAUAGUUCUUAUUAACAGAAUGACCGGUGAAGAGACAAGAUACACUGCAGAUACCAUAUUUUAUAUGCACAUCAUCAAUUGCUUUGAACUAGAUGGAAAAGUUAUUAUUGAUUUGUGCAGUUACAAAGACGGAAAAAUCAUUGAAUCUAUGUAUACUAAAGCGAUAAAAUCAAUGCAAUCUAAUCCGGAGUAUGGUCAAUGGUGUGAGUGUCGUCCAAAACGUAUCACAAUACCUUUGGACGCAGCCGACAGCAAGGUAGAAGUUAAGUUGAUUGCAGAUAUUGGAUGCGAAGCUCCAAGAAUCAAUUACGAUGCUUAUAAUGCUAAACCGUACAGAUAUUUCUAUGGUAUCGGUUCCGACAUUGAUAAAAACGGCUCGGGCAAUCUAGUGAAAGUAGAUACGAAAACCGGUGAAUAUAAAAUAUGGUUGGAAGAAGACACGUAUCCAAGUGAACCGAUAUUCGUGCCUCGGCCGGGGGCUGUGGAUGAGGACGAUGGUGUACUCUUAAGUUCACUUGUAUGGGGAAGUGAUGAUCACGCAGUUGCCUUACUAAUUCUGGAUGCUCGGGAUUUAAAAGAAAUCGCACGUGUUUGCUUCAAGACCCCUUCACAGGCAACCAGUUUGACCAUGUGCAGUGUCUCAGACGGGUUGAUAUUCGGUCAGAUGUCUGGUAUGAUAGAUGCUCUGAGUAAAGAAGACAACGAUGUACCACUCACACAAGAUGAUAUUUCAUGGAUAGGUAUAUAUUGUUGUUUGAUAUUAUCGGCUAAAAAUUUAUCAAGUUAUAGCUAA